CAGAAGAAGAAGAAGCAGAAAGCAAACUUGCAUUCAACGAAACAUGAAGACUUUUGAUCUGUGCGUUCUACUGAGCCUGGCAGUCGCAGUUCACUGCGUGCCGAUACCGCAGGCUUCUCAGCAAGAUGAAGAAUUUGCAGAGAGCUACCUGAAGAAAUUCUACAACCUAACAGAGGAGACUGGCCCAACUGUCAGACGGGGGUUUAGCCCGGUCGUGGGGAAACUGAUUGAGAUGCAGAGAUUCUUCCGCCUCCAAGUCACCGGGACGCUUGAUGCUGACACCAUGGCCAUGAUGAAGAAGCCUCGUUGUGGCGUUCCAGACAAUGAGGUUGCCAGUUACUCCACAUUUGGAAAUAACCUCAAGUGGGACAAAAACAGCCUCACCUACAGGAUAGAGAACUACACCCCCGACAUGUCUGCGUCAGAGGUAGAUGACUCCAUAAACAGAGCUCUGCAGGUUUGGGCCAAAGUCACUCCUCUGAGAUUCACCAGAAUCUACAGCGGCACUGCCGAUAUCAUGAUCUCCUUUGGAAGCCGAGAACACGGUGAUUAUUACCCCUUCGAUGGCCCUGAUGGUACUCUUGCCCAUGCCUUCGCCCCAUCCCCUGGCAUUGGAGGAGAUGCUCAUUUUGAUGAGGAUGAGACCUUCACUUUCCGCUCAAAUAACGGCUACGUCCUCUUCCUGGUGGCUGCCCAUGAGUUUGGUCACUCCCUGGGCUUGUCUCACUCUGAUGAUCCUGGUGCUCUCAUGUACCCUGUGUACUCAUACGGAAACCCUGACACCUUUGUUCUGCCCCGGGAUGAUGUCAACGGCAUCCAGUCUCUCUAUGGUUCAAACCCCGACAAGGAUCCAAUUCAGCCUGGACCUACACCCCCCACCACCCCUGAUGCCUGUGAUUCAACACUGGUCUUGGACGCUGUCACCAACCUGCGAGGAGAAAUGCUCUUCUUCAAGGACAGCUUCUUCUGGCGUAGCUACCCUCAGAGCAACACACCCCAGCAAAGUCUCAUCAGAAACUUCUGGCCCGAAGCUCCCACCAACAUUGACGCUGCUUAUGAAAGCCAAGAAUCAGACAGGAUAUUUCUCUUUAAAAAUCACAAAGUGUGGGCCUUCAAUGCCUAUACUCUUGAACGCGGCUACCCUAAAACACUCACCAGCUUUGGUCUUCCAAGAACCGUGAAGAAAAUCGAUGCAGCCCUUUAUGACGUAAAAUCUCGCAAAACUCUGUUCUUUGUGGGCAACAAAUACUACAGUUAUGACGAGGCCAGAAAGACGAUGGACCAGGGAUUCCCCAAACGACUGGAUGAGACCUUCACUGGCCUGACCGGCAAGGUGACCGCAGCCUUCCAGUACCGAGGGUUCACGUACAUCUACAGUGGACCGCAAAUGUUCGAGUACAGCCUGAGGACCAAGAGGUUGUUCCGUGUGCUGCCGAACAGCUACUUCCUGCGCUGCACUAAAUACUAAACUAAAAGUUGUUUUUGUCGCCACUCUGAAUGAGAAUGAAGGCACCAGAGUUGUAUUAAUAUAUUUAAAAAUAUAUAAUUAUAUUGUUAUGCACUUGGGAGCAUAUACUGGAUAUAUGACCUUCCUGAGAACAGCACCUUAGAUGUACUUUUUAAAAAUAUUUUUAUUUUGAUGAUGCCAGCCGUUGCAGUUUUAUCUUAUUUCAUUAAUGUCACAUCUAUUGUUUAAUUGUUUUUAUUGCCGUGUUCAUGAAGUUUAAGUGUGGAACAUAUUUUCAUUGAUUCUUUAUCACAUUGUUACAACUGCACAACAUUAAUGUAUGUAUGUAUGCACCAGGAAUUUGUCAAUAAAGCUUGUUUUAA